CACACACCGCCUCGCCCGCACCCCACCCCGCUCGCGCGCACGGCGGUGUUUGUCCCUCGCCGCCCGCCGUAGCUGCCCGCGCGCAGGCGCGUGGCGGCGCCGCAGAGCAGCAGGGCGCAAGGACAGAGAGGGGCCGCGCCGAGGAAAUCUAAUCACCAUGUCGUCUGCACUGUUGCCUAAGCCGCAAAUGCGGCGCCUGUUGGCCAGGCGGAUGAAAUUUCACCUGUUUGGGGCAUUUUUCGUAUCUCUGGGAUGUGCGGCAUUAUACAAGUUUUUAGUUGCUGAGCCCAGAAAACGAGCUUAUGCAGAGUUCUAUAAAAACUAUGAUCCCAUGAAGGACUUCGAAGCCAUGAGGGCAGCUGGUGUGUUUGAGUCUGCACCACCCAAAUGAUGGUUACGCAUUUACAGGUAAUAAACUAUUUGAUCCCCUUCAGUCCAAGGAGACUUGAUGACCGAACCUUAUUUGUUCACUGAAUUGUAAGGCGAUAUGCACUUCAGUGCACGGCACGCUUUGAUGUAACUCAAUAAAUAAAAUACCUGCGUCA